AAUCCCCGCUGGCUUUUAUGUACUGCUUUCAGUCGGGCGGUCUUAACUAGAGUAAAGACUCCGCCGUGUUUUGACCGCGAGCAGUGAAAUCCCGUGGAGCUGUAAGAGAGCCAUGGACGAUUAAAGUGGACUGAGUGAAGCAGCAGUAGAGCCUGAGCAUCUUAUGGGCUUUGUUGGUGGAUACCGACAUAUUGAACAGAACUAGAUUGGUUCCCCACUCCAGACUACCAUGUCUCAGGGCCAGAACUUCCUUCCCAAGUUCCUGUUUGUGAGUAACCUCCUGAAGGCCGUGAAAAUCCGAGAGCGGGUGCCCAACGAUGUGGUGAAGCCGUCGUCCAGCGGCGGCCUGAUCCAUCACCUGCGCAGCAUGCACCGCUACACGCUGGAGAUGAUCCGCAUGAGCCAGUUCCCGCAGGCUUUCCGCGAGGUCAUCCAGGCCGCCAUCCUGGACCGGGCCAUGCAGAGCUCGCUGGAGCAGGAGAAGAGGUUGAACUGGUGCCGCGAGGUCAAGAAGCUGGUGCCACUGAGGACCAACGGUGAUGGGAACUGCCUGCUCCACGCGGCGUCUCAGUACCUGCUGGGGGUCCAGGACACAGACCUGGUGCUGCGAAAGGCUCUUUACGCAGUGCUGAAGGAGACCGACACUAGUAACUUCAGAGUGCGCUUUCAGACCGAGCUGCUGCACUCUCAGGAGUUCACUCAGACCGGCCUGCGAUACAGCACUCUGAACUGGGAGGAGGAAUGGGUGAAGAUUGUAGAAAUGGCUUCUCCGGUGUCCAGCAGUAACGGCCUACAGUUUGACUCACUAGAGGAUAUUCACAUCUUUGUGCUUUCAAAUAUUCUCCGGAGACCAAUUAUUGUUAUUGCAGACCAAGUACUCCGAAGUAUGAAGUCCGGUUCCUCCUUUUCACCCCUCAAUGUCGGGGGCAUAUACCUGCCUUUGCACUGGCCUCCAGGAGAAUGCUACAAGUAUCCCAUAGUGCUUGGAUACGACUCUCAGCACUUUGCGCCUCUGAUCACGAUCAAAGACAGCGGCCCAGAGAUCCGUGGUGUGCCUCUGAUAAACCCAGGACGGGGUGGGUUUGAAGAUCUCCGAGUGCACUUUCUGACAGAAAAGGAGCAGCAACAGAAGGAGAAGUUGCUGAAAGACUACCUAAUGCUCAUCGAGAUCCCUGUCAUUGGCCUGGGCUACGAUCCCACACAGAUCAUCACUGCAGCCAGACUGGAUGAAGGCAACCUACCUGAGGACAUGAACCUGAUGGAGGACUAUCUACAGCUGGUCAACCAUGAAUAUAAGCGCUGGCAGGAGGAUAAGGACUCUUUAAGGGCCCCCCAAUCCCAGCGUCCCCCUCCCUUCUCAGUGUCCCAGCUCUCUCUGAUUGAGAUCCGCUGUGCCACCCCCCGCUGUACCUUCUACGUCUCGGUGGACACUCAACCCCACUGUCACGAGUGCUUCGAAAAGCGGCAGGCGGGUUGUAAGCCGGAGGCCAUUUCCACCACAAAUCAAACCUCGUCAUCGGACCCCGAGAGCCGAGGGAGGCUGGAGCGCCCCGUCCUGCCCAGCCCACGCUCUGCGCCCCCUACGGCCCCCAGUCUAAGCCUUUACAGUGAGACUCAUGCCAUGAAGUGCAAGACGCCCGGAUGCUUGUUCACGCUCAGCGUGGAGCAUGAUGGGUUGUGUGAACGCUGCUUCACGGCGAGGCAAACCCGAACGGCUGCUAAUGGUCCACCGCAGCACGGCUGGUGGGCGACAGGCAGCCGGGAGCGAGAGCAGGAGAGAGAGCGAGAAAGGGACACCGAGAGGUGCGUUAUGUGCCGACAGGAGGUCUUUAGGAUAUUCAAUGGUCUUUGCCCACCCUGCAUGCAGAGGACUGCUGUGUCCGAGAGGGUGGACCCCCAUCAGCAGGAGCCCAGGACCGAGGCUUCAUUAUGGGCUCUGCACAGGGAGACCGAGCGCACGGGACACCCCUGGCAGACGCCCGCGGCCCGGCAGUGUAAACGCUCCGGCUGCCAGUUCUUUGGGACGCCAGAGAAGCUGGGAUUCUGCACUAUAUGUUAUGUAGACUACCAGACCAAUCACCUGGCCACCCCUGCUCUUGUCCAGCCCAGACACACGUCCGAGGCGGGCUUCCAGAACUGUCCGCGGUGCCGGGGUCAGGGCUGCGGCGCCGAGGGAAAGGCCAUGCUCGAGGGUUACUGCAACAAGUGCUUCGUGAAGGAACAGAGUGCCAGACUCAACCAAGCAGCGAGCAGGGGCUCUCACUCGCCGCCUCCCGUCACGCGGCCCUCGAAGGCUCGUCCUCCUCCGAUGCUGUCCCAGACACCGUGUCGGCGCAGCGGCUGUAAGAACCUGUCCCCCGGCUGCACGGACCUCUGCCCGGACUGCGUCAGCCGCGGCCAGCGAGAGGGUCGACGAGCACAGGCGCCCAAAGAGAAGAGCAAACAGCGCUGCAAGACGCAGGGCUGCGACCACUACGCCAACCAAGACAAACAGGGCUACUGUAACGAAUGUGACCACUUCAAGCAGAUUUACUGAGGCUGACCGAACGGUUCAGAAGAGCCCAGUUGAUCGUGCUGGCGAACUCUCUUACACAGAACACUGUUUGCCCAGAGUCCUCCACCUAUAUUGGGCAGGGCCUACAGAGCCCGGUGGUGCUGUAGAAUUGAUUACCUCUCAAAUGAAGUUGUGCUCAUUUGUGUCAUGUGUAUAGGACCGUCGUGAGAAACUAAUGCUACACGAUGACGUCUAGUCACACGGCUGUUUGUUUCGGACAGGGUAACUAAUCGCAAACGAUCAUUGGCGUAAUUGAGGAGGGCAACACGAUUAGAAACAAAUUUGACCAAAGUUAAUAAACCGAAAGAUAUGUCUAAGCAAGUGUACUUCGCCACUGUGGACUGCAGAAAGCCUGAGAAGUGCAGGGUAUGCAGAGACCGCCGGAGGAUUUUCCUUCAUCAAAUGUAGGUUAAGUGCCAAUGAGAGCUGGGAUCUCAUUCCUGCUGCACCAUCUGAUGUCUGCGAGCAGCACGCGUCUGUUGCCUUCCAGAACGAUUUUGUUUACCAUUUUCACACGUCCUUCUUGCUCUUGAAACUGUUUUUCACUAUCGCUUGCCUUUGCUAAACUUCACAUGACUUGGUCUGUUCUGUUGAACGGAUAAGAAAAAUUCCUUAAGUGCAAUGAAAACCGGAUACUUGACACCUCCCUGAUGUCUGGAGCAGAUAGAAUAAAUAAAUAAAUAAAACCGCGUCAGUUUUUGAGAUGACUGAAAUCAGGCGGAAACGAAUCAGUCCGAAUGUAAACACACCCCCACCCCCGUUCGCCCGGUCUUUCGGUUGCACUACUCUCCUUUAAACACACAACGCCUCAGCCUAUUCUUUGCAUAUGUUUAGUAUGCACUAACUGACAUUCACUAUUUGAAUAUUUCUGUGAUAUCUGCACAGACGCAACGAGAAGAGAUCGCGUUCGCUCCUGUGGCAUCAUUUAUAAAGAACUAACCUGUCUGUGUUAAACAUUCCCAUCCUCCGAGUCCAAUAUUGUGCGUUUAGCUCCGUCUACCUGAGAUUCAUGUGGGAAAUGAUACACACGAGAGAGAUCUGCAGUCGAGUUAUGACUUCACGAGUGUCUACUCGUCUACUACUGGAUCUGUUCAGUCAGUUCAGAUCAUCACACACUUGCACAAUCCUAAAUAAGCUGCUCUGGGAUGAGGAACGGUACUUCUGAUGUACAGUACAGUCACAUUCCAGCUAUAGACCGAGAGGAACAUAGAUGACAAGAUGGACAUUUUGUGCAACCUUUCAUUAGAGUAUCGUAUGAAAAGCCUUGUUUUUUGUUGUUGUUUUUUUGUAUUUAUUCACAGCAAAUAUUAACUGUAAUGUGUUUCAAGAAUUAUUUAUAUGUGUUCCAGGAAUAAAUUAUUUUUAAUAGAAAAACA